UAUGAGUGAUAGUGAUGAUGAGUCAGUGAGGUGUCAGUGGUGGAGGAGGCAACACACGACUCGUCCGCUCUCUACACCAUGAACUGUCUUGUACUGGUAUUAGCUGCUCUCGUGGCUGUGGUCACUGGUGAGACUUGUACAGGUGCACAGGUAGAGGCUGUGGGGUUCACCUCCCAGGAUGCUACUAUUGUUACCAAGAUUGCUUACAUUGCUGACUUUACUCUCUCCUGUUCUAAUGGUGCUAAGGACAUUUCCUUGUAUGCUGAAACAGUUGAUGGCAUCGUUGGAGUAGCUCGUUCUGUUGAUGGGGUCAAGUACCAAGUGAGCUGGGUGGAGGAUGUAGCCACUGCAUCGUCCGGUGAGCGCCCCAUCAAACUGUACGACGAACAAGGUUAUGCCUCCCUCAGAAAGGCUCAGCGAGGGAGUGAGGACACCUCCAGCGUACAGGCAAUUGCUACCAUCAACCUGUAUCAUCCAGGCGCUUACAGGGGUCCAUGGGUUCAGUCCGAGACCAUGGCUAUCCUUGCUGCCAUCUUCAUUUACUACUAUGCUCUCACACAGAAGACCAGGCUCAUGGCUUAGUCCUUGAGCUAAACCUGAGAGGUGAAUCAAGUUUUGUGUUGGUCAUGGAGAAGUGUGAAUGUGACAAAGUUGUAUAAUAAUUAUUUAGAGCCAUUUCAUGUGUGAGGAGAAGUAUGUAUUGUAUUGUAAGUGUUAAUAAAUACUGUACUUUGUUAAA